UCCAUCGCAUUCCCAGCCAUACAAGUAUCUUCCGUCCGCCGCGCGGCCGCCCUGCAUUCCUCCCUCGAGCCCCGCGUCCCUCCCUCGUGUUCGCGAUGUCUAGCGCGGGUUACCAGCCGCUCAAGACUGACGAUCAGGCCUACGACCACCCGCAAGGCCCUCCCGCGGGUCGUGGGAGCCCACGCUCCCGCCGGAUUGCCAUCUCGGUAUGCUUCGUCGUUUGCGCAGCGGCCCUCUCCCUCCUCUACGCCUUCCCGCCCUACUUUGGCCCAGACACGCUCACUACCUCGUCCUCGUCCCCUGGAGCGCUCCUCGACCAUGAAGGGCCUCUGAAGCAAUGCGCGGCAAGCGGCCCGCCCCCCGCCUCGCCCCCAGCACCUGUCAACCCUUGGGCCUCUCUCACCGUCCCAGAGACGACCGCGCUCACGGACUGGCUCAAUGUCCCGGAGCGCGCACUCAACCUCACCCCGGGCACGUCCGCACACAUCUCGGACAACUAUAUCUACCACAUCGGCGCAUGGCGCCCCGCCAAGGCCGACGCGCUCGCGUACCUCGCCGACCCGCAGGACACCGCGCCGCCCGACCGUUAUGCGCGGGUGACGAUCCACCACGGCGCCGCGGCGGAGCCGACAGUGCAGGACUACUUGGUGGGCCCGCUGCCUGUGAGCGGCGCGACAGGCAUACGCCCUCUAACAGAGGUGUAUCACCGCCCGGAGAUCCCAUACAACGCGCGAGGGUACACGACCCUCGCUGAGCUGCAGCCGAUUCUCAUCGACGUCAUGCCCAAGAUGGCGGAGGCAACCCAGGAACUGUUCGGAGGCGUCGCGCUGGGGCUCGCGAACGACACCCUCGUUGGAGGCGCGGUGGGCCCGCUGAGCUUCGACGGGUCCUUCCGGAGAGGUUGGAUCAACUGGCGGAGGAACGUCGCAGGGCCGUACCUCCACCCGGUCGGGUUCUUCCUCUACGUCGACAUGACCGGGACGGAUUCCAAUGAGUGGAAGCUGCUCAAGAUCGUGUACAACCACCAGGUGUUCGAGGGCGUGGAUGACUUCAUGGGCGCGUUCCGGAACGGCACGCUGAGGCGCCUCCCCGCGCGCCCGGACAACCACGACAUCGACUGGACGACGCGCAAGCGCCCCGACGGCCCCCGCCGCGACCUCGACCACCUCCCCGGCCCGCGCUCGGUGUCGUUUGCGGGCCUGCGCUUCCGCGUGGACAGGGAGACGCAGUACGUGAGCUGGAUGGGGUGGGGGAUGUACCUCGGCUUCGAUCGUGAUAUGGGCCUCAGCUUGUGGGACAUCAAGUUCCGGGGUGAGCGCCUCAUCUACGAGCUCGCGCCUCAGGAGGCGAUCGCGCAGUAUGCAGGCAACGACCCGAUGCAGAGCACCACAGCGUGGCUCGAUAGGUUCUUCGGUAUGGGCGGUUCUGUGCGCGACAUGCUCCCUGGCUACGACUGCCCGCACGAGGCAGUCUUCCUUCCCGCGACGACCAACACCUUCGCGGGCUCUAUCACACGCGAGCGGGCGAUCUGCAUAUUCGAGCACGACUCUGGCCGCCCGAUCACACGCCACAUGGGCUACGCGGAGGGGGAGUUCGGCGCCGUGCGCGGGUACAACCUCGUCGUACGCUCCAUCGCGACCGUCGGCAACUACGACUACUUGUUUGACUACAUCUUCCACAUCGAUGGCACGAUCGAGGUCCGCCUGUCUGCAUCGGGCUACUUGCAAGGUGGCUUCUGGGAGCCCAGUCAGGAGGGCUAUGGUACCGCGAUCCGGGACACAACCAUGGGCUCGCUGCACGACCACGUGAUCAACUACAAGGUGGAUCUGGACGUCGCGGGCGAGAAGAACUCGCUGCUGUUCACGCACACGCACCAGGAGGAAGUCGAGCAGCCGUGGUUCGAGGACGACUGGGGCAGCACAGUCCUCCAGCAGAAGAUCACGCGGACGUUCAUCGAGAGCGAGGACGACGCGCUGCUCAAGUUCCCGUACAACUUCCAGGGCGGGUACUCGCUCGUGAACCGCGAUGAGACGAACAGGUGGGGCAUCCCGCGUGGAUAUGCAAUUCACCCUGGGUACAACCCUGUGCACAAUACGGUUGUCGGCUCGAAGCGCCUGCUAGACAACGCGAACUGGGCGCGGUACAACCUUGCGGUGAGCAAGCGCAAAGAGACGGAGCCGACGAGCAGCAGCAUGUGGAACCAGAACCUGCCCGGUGCGCCGAUGGUGAACUUCCACAAAUUCUUUGACGGCGAGAACAUCACGCAAGAGGACCUCGUCGCGUGGGUGAAUGUCGGCACGCACCACCUCCCGCAGGCGGAGGACUCGCCGAACACGCGUACGAACCUCGCUGCGUCUAGCUUCUUCAUCACGCCGCUGAAUUACUUUGACUUUGACGUGUCGAUGGAGAGUCUGAAUGCGAUCCUGCUCUCUCCGCCGAAGAACUCGGGCGAUGCGUGGGGCUACGACGACAACGGUGUGAAGGACUCGAACUGCGUGCCGGGCCCGGUGCCGCCGUUCGAGUACAAGGGCGUGAACGCGUUCUCUCUCGACGGGAAGCUCGCACCGCCGGAGAGCGCGGACGAGAUGCGCAAGGGCGCGGAGAUGUACCACCGCAUCAAGCUCGAGUUGUAGACUGGUAGGUGCUAUAAGUUGCAUAGACCACAAACGAAUGUAUGUACUUGUUAGUCGGAAACAACCUGAUUCUCGAGGCUGGAAGUCCUGGCGAGUAUCAAGCUUUGUGAGGGUCCUUUGUUUGCCGUGUCGAUGAACCGCAUCAUAGCAAUUGUGCU